AUGGGCACCGACCGGGGCACUUCGGCGGCGCUCCUCACGCGGGUGCUGAGCGAGGUGUCCGGCGGUGUGCUCGACAGGCUGUCGAACGGCGACAAGAAGCGCCUGGCGGCGGCGCGAUGGAGCACGCUGGAGGCGGUGCUGCGGGGGAGCGACGCGACGCUGAAGGUGCACCCGGAGAAGCCGGUGCUGCACGUGCUGGCGCGAGUACUGGACGGGGGGGAGUGUCGCGGACAGAUCAUGUACAGGGGCGUGAGGGUGCCGGCGACGGACGCGGGGGCGUUCAUCGCGGCGGUGCGGGGCGCGGAGCAGGGGCACGGCCGGGCCGCGAACGAGGGCCGGGAUGAGUCGGUGGCAUCGUGGGCGGCGUUUGUGUGGCGGGUGCUGCGGGCGGCGUCGACGAGCGAGGAGGGCCCGGUGCGCGUGACGGCGCUGGAUGCGUCGUACAAUGGGGUCAUGGCUACAGAUGGUCCGGAAUGCGUUGCGCUGGCGCUACGGACGGUGCUGGAGCACAGCGCGGUGCAGGAGCACCUGCGGCUCCUGGUGCUGCAUGCGAUGCGUGCUGGUGCGGUCGACAUGCUGCGGGGCAGUCUAUGCGGGCUAACGGCGCUGCGAGUGCUGCAGGUCAGGGGCUCUUCGGUUCCGGACGUGGGCGACGGUGCUGCGCUGGUGGGGCUGAUACAAGAGUGCCCGUCGCUGCGACGGCUCACUCUUGUCAGCGCGAGGAUCGAAGCGAAGGCAGCGGAGGCGCUGCUGCGCUGGGCGUCGGGCGCGAGUGAGCUGCGGCGUCUGAGGCUUGCGUGUUGCGUCAUCGAACCUGAAGGCGCGGGCGAGCUGUGGGCGUCGGAGGCGCACCCGUUGCGGCGGCUGGAGACAUACGAGGCGAUGCAUGUCCGCCGCGUGUCCUGGGCGACGCUGCGCGCGUGGCAGGGUCUGACGCAUCUGCGGCGGCUCGUGUUGCACUCGUGCGGGAUCGAGGACGCUGACGUGGCAAGGGCGCUGGCGGAGCUGCUGCGGACGAGCGAGGCGCUCAAGGACGUCGACCUGACUGCGGGCGUCUCGUCCGAUCCGAACGGUGGGCUGGCUACGGUCCUGGCGGCGCUGGCGCAGAACACGUCGGUGCGGCGGUUCGAGAUGCGCAUCAGGGUGGGGAAGGAAUUCUCUGGGUCAAGCCUUGCGCAGGAGAUGGCUGCUGUUGUGCGGGACAACGGCACGCUCAAGGACUUCAAGGUGUACGUGGGCGGCGGGCAACGCCUCCCCUGCGAUGACGACGACAGCAACGUGUUCGACAUUUACGCGGACGCGGGGCCCGUCGCCGAAGCCCUGAUGGCCAACACGUCGCUGGAGACGCUGUGUCUGCCGGCCGUCGGGCCCGACGGCGACGCCGCUGCGAUCGGGGAGCGGAUGGCGCGCAAUCAGACGCUCCGGCACCUGGAGUUCGGCAGGGUGCGUUUUGCUGACGGCGACCUGGAGGCGCUGGGGCGUGGGCUGGCCCGGAUGGUCAACCUGCAGACGUUGAUGAUCAGGGCUCCCCCGAGCAGCCAGUUGGACUUCCACGACGAUCGGUCCCCCUGCGUCGCCCCCCUGAUCGACGGACUGUGGGGCUCCGCGCACAAGAGUCAGCUGCGGUGGCUCCACCUGUUCUUCUGCAAGGAGCAAGCUGACCGCACCGCGGCCCGGCUGGCGCGGGUGCUGGCGUCGCAGCACUGCAUGCUGCGCAAGCUGGAUCUGACAUGGGUCGGCGUUGGUGACAGGGACGCACUGGAGCUGGCCAGGGCGCUGCACACGAACACCACACUCGUGUCGCUGGACAUGCAGUGCGACACUUUGAACGAGCGGGGCCUGGUUGCGCUGCUGCAUGCGCUGCGCAGGAACAACACGCUGCGGGAGCUCAAUCUGCAGAAGUGCGGAGUGCGUGAAUACCCAACAAACACACUAGAAGAGAUCCCGGCGAUCCAGGAGGAGCUACAGCCCGUGCGGGGGCGCGUGCUGCUGUGA